AUGGCUCCCUUUUUGGGUGCUCUAUUGCUCGCCAUCGCCUUCGCCUUGGCCUUGCCUUUGGCUUCAGCUGUACCAGCACUAAAAUCAAACAAAUGGAUUUUUGGUCCGACUGUCACAAUUACCAAGCCAAACGCGAUUGUGAUCGGCGCGUCGGCCAACAAUGUUGAUAGCUUUGAUGGCAUCCCAUUUGCACUUCCUCCAACUGGACCACUUCGGUUGAAGCCGCCUCAGCCAAUCCAGAAACCCCUGGGUAUUAUCCAGGCAACAUCUCAAGCGAGAUCUUGUCCGCAGUUUCUCGCCAGUACAGCGACAAGCCAUCUCCCGAACUCUAUCUUGGCCAAUGUUGGCAAUAUCCCUAUCUUUCAGGAGAUUGCCAAUACAGGCGAGGAUUGUCUGACCGUCAACGUGCGCCGUCCAGCAGGCACAAAGCCCGAUGCAAAAUUACCGGUCCUCGUAUGGAUCUUCGGAGGCGGCUUUGAAACAGGCUCGACUUCAAUGUACGAUGGCGCAAGCGUGGUCACAGAUUCUGUUGCACUGGGCAUGCCCGUCAUCUACGUGGCCAUGAACUAUCGUCUCGGUGGAUUUGGGUUCUUGCCAGGGGCCGAAGUGCUCAAAGACGGUUCGGCCAACCUCGGUCUUUUGGACCAACGCCUAGCUCUUGAAUGGGUUGCGGAUAAUAUUGCAUCCUUUGGCGGCGAUCCGACAAAGGUCACCAUUUGGGGCGAGUCUGCCGGAGCCAUAUCCGUGUUUAACCAGAUGGCACUGUAUGACGGUGACAACAUUUACAAUGGGUCGCCACUUUUCCGCGGAGCAAUCAUGAACUCGGGGAGUAUUGCACCUGCAAAUCCCGUGGAUUGUGUGAAGGGUCAAGCAGUCUACGACACGGUGGUCAGAAAUAGUGACUGCAAGGGAGCAUCGGAUACACUAAGUUGUUUGCGGGGGCUGGACUAUACCAAGUUUCUCAAUGCUGUCAACUCAGUUCCAGGGGUCCUAGGAUACAACUCUGUCGCGGAAUCGUAUCUUCCGCGACCCGACGGAAAGCUCCUGACCGAUUCUCCAGAGAGGUUGGUGAUUGAUGGGAAAUAUGCGGCAGUCCCAUUCAUCAACGGGGACCAAGAAGACGAAGGAACGAUCUUUGCUUUAUACCAAACCAACUUGACUACUACGAACGACCUUGUCGACUAUUUUCAAAACCUUUACUUCUUCGAUGCCUCUCGUCAACAGAUCACAGAUCUCGUGGCGACCUACCAAAACAACACGCUGGAUGGUUCACCCUUCCGUUCUGGAGACGCGAACAACUGGUAUCCGCAGUUCAAACGUCUGUCUGCCAUUCUAGGUGACAUUUCAUUCACCCUUACUCGCAGGGCUUUUCUUAACUCCUCGCACAAGUCAAAGCCGGGUGUUCCGUCUUGGUCCUAUCUUUCUUCUUAUGGUCACAACCUGCCUUUCCUCGGAACAUUCCAUGGAUCGGACAUAUUGCAGUUAUUCUUCGGGUUCCUCCCGAAUUAUGCCUCCAAAGCAAUGCAAUCAUAUUACCUAUCAUUUGUCUAUGAUCAAGACCCCAAUGCAAGGGCUGGGAAUUAUAUGAACUGGCCACAGUGGAGCGGCAACCACUCCCUAAUGCAAUUUUUCGAUGACCAUGGUGCACUGUUGUCGGAUGAUUUCCGCCAGGACACAUAUGAGGUUUUGACGAAGGAUUAUACCUCGUUCCGUGUCUGA